AUGCGUCAACCCGUCCGCCCGAGCACGACUGGAUCGAGAGUUGUUCGGGUCAUGUCGCCAGAGAAAGUGCGAGUGAGAGGGAGCUGCGCAGUCCACGGCUUGAAUCAAGGUUUGAGGCUCUCUCGCCCUUGUCUUCGUCUUCUCUUCUCAGUCUUCUGUUGGAAGUUGGUUCCCAGUCUGUGUAGACAUGCGCUGCAGCAGAUGCAGAUGGCGAGGAACCAGCGAGAUUUCAAGAUGUCGAAUCCGCGAAGUGACCCCAGAGCACAUCGCGAUCCGAACAGCCGCCAGCGUUGCACGUUGCGACUUGCAUUUGCACCUUUCUACCCUGUCAUCACAGUGUCCGUUAGCACCGCAGCGCGACCAGCCGGUACCAGCCCCACCACCUCUGCUGCGCAGACCCGAUAUUGGUUAAUGGCCAAGAAAGGCAGACGCAUCUUUGAUUCCGUCGCCCGCGGCUUGAGCGAGGCUGCAUGCACCGCUCUGAGCACUCAAAAGUCUCCUUGUAACUGCCCUUUCAACACUCUUCUUUGCGAGUCGAUCAUUCUUCGUCCACCGUCAUUCUUUCCCGCGCGUGUCGCCCCUUCUGCACGAGAACUUAUCCACGAGCUAAACUAUAUGGCCUCGCGGAUACCCAUACGGCACCGCCGAGCAAGACACUCUUGCCGGCUUGAAGCUUGUUGUUUCGCCGGCUUGUCGAGCGCUAUAGCAGUUAUCGUGGGUCUCCAAGUGUCACUGAUGCAUCAGCUAGCAUCUCAUCACGAGGCCGCCCUCCACGUCGAGACAGCUGGAAUAGACAGAGUACAAUGUCGUUCAACAAACCCGAUCGUUGUGUCAGCUCCAUGGCAUUGCAUCACUUUCUUUUCUGCAAAUGAACUGUCACAGCUGGAUUGA